AUGUCCAAGCCUAUCUUCGCAGUAUUUGGUGCCACGGGCAAUCAGGGAAACUCCGCCGCGAACUUCGUCCUCUCAGACCCAGAGCUAUCCCAGUGCUAUGCCGUGCGCGCCGUCUCCCGCGAUACCUCAAAUCCCAAAAUGCAAGACCUCAAGUCAAAAGGUGCCUCACUCGCCCAAGCAGACCUCGACGACCCAUCCUCCCUCCCCGCCGCCCUAACCGACGUCUCCUACCUCUUCUUCAUCACGACGACGCAAUACCAAGGCAACAGCCGCGAAAUCGAAACACGACAAGCCAAAUCCCUUUGCACCGCUGCCCUCGCCGCCGGCGUCAAAUACAUCAUCUUCAGCUCCAUGUCGCACCCAUUCAAGAUAUCGGCCGGCGCGCUCAAACACGUCGAGCACUUUGACGCCAAGGCCGAAAUCGAGCAGUACAUUCGUAGUCUCCCCGUGCAAUCGUCUUUCUUCGCGCCCGCAUCCUUCAUGCAAAACUUCACGACGUAUUCCGGCCCGAAACCCGUCGGUGACGGCACGUACGCUAUCUCCAACAUCCUGCACCCCCAUACCAAAGUCCCGUUCAUCGACAUCGCUGACACGGGGAAAUGGAUCGGCGCCAUCCUGGCUGACCCUGAAAAAUACAGUGGCAAGUUCUUCGCGGCGGGAGAGGGGUUGUACACUAUGCCCCAGGCGUGCGAGCUGAUGAGUAAGGUUAGCGGCAAGACGAUUAGGUAUCAGCAAGUGGAGGAUGAGGUGUAUAAGGGCUUCCUGACGCUGGUUAUGCGCGAGCCGUAUUAUGAGAUGUGGGUGCUGAAUCGCGAGUAUGGGUAUUAUGGGGAGGGGCAGGAGGAGUUGGUGGAGUGGGCGAAGGAGCAGGCGAGGGGGAGGGUGACGGGGUUGGAGGAGUGGUUGGUUAGGGAGAAGUUUGAUUUGGAGUAG